CGCGGGCCACAUUUACUGUUCCUUCGGGGCCCACCCCAAGCGUGCCCUGUGGGAAUGGGACUCGGACUUGGUCACACUAUUUCGCGAUGCGAUGCAGCGUUGCGAGGGCCAAGUUGUUGCAUGGGGAGAAGUAUGCAUUGCAAAAGCAUCGUACUGGUACUGAUAAUUUCAGUUCUUCCGGACAAAUCUAAUUUUCUAGCUGAAUGAAUAGCAUGAAGACAAAUUCUUUUUUUGUUUCACGUUCACCUGACGAGAUGAAAAUUUGUAUUUGCAAUUCAUGUACACGUAAUACGAGCGAUGCUUUUCCAGUGCAUAGGAAUGCGGAUUGGAUUACUCCGAUUACCAACGCGAGCCGGACGUCGGCGAGGAUUUUGCAGGAGAGAUCGAUAUGCAUUGCAGAAGUAUCGUUCUCGUACUAGCAGUAAAAAUUGCAUUACGAAUUCCAGCAGCAUUCCGAAUUGAAUUUGUACUGCGGAUUUACCUUGACACCUACACCUAGCUCUGUAAUGCAUGACUUUGGUCAACAUUUUUAGUACGAGAAAGAGUACGAUGUUUUUGCAAUGCAUAAUCGAACGACAAAAACAAAUCCUCAGGGAGAACAUCGAGGUUGCGAUCGCGAUGGAUCUUCCAAUCCAGUUUCACUCCCGCGAUUGCGAGGCAGACUUCGUGCGAUGCUUGCUAAAAUGGUUGCCGCGGAAGCAUUCUUUUCAUUGGCAUAGCGCCAUCGCCUCGCCCCGAGUUGUCGACCUCAUUCUCCGGGAGUUUCCGAACGCGUACUUUGGUGUGAGCGGCUACAUUGCGUUUCCGUACGCGGAAGAUUGGGAACUUCUGAAUCAGAUGACCGAGGACAUCGAUUCGGGCGGCUCCAGCCGCGUUUCCGAGAUGAACGCAGCCUCCUGGCACACAACUCAAGGGCGCGCGAAAAAAGUCAACUUAGUCGACAUGGUCAAGCGUCUCCCGAUCGAUCGCAUUGUUCUCGAAACCGACUCGCCGCAUUUCACGGUAAACACGGGUGGACCGGCAGACGUUCUGGAGAUUGCAAGUAGCGUUGCCGCAGUGAAAGAUCUGACACCGGAAGAAGUACUGAAGGCAAACGAACGGAACGCUCAUCGCCUGUACGGUAUUCAGGCGAAGAAAGUUCCGUACUUCCGACGAGAAACCCCGCGGACGGCAGGAGGAACAGCUUAUCGAGGAAUCAGAACGUGGCGAAUGCGCCAGAGUUACAAGAACGCGGGGCAGCGGGAGAUACUAGCGCAGGACGCGAGUACGUGUCUUCUCCUAGAACCGAGCCACACCUCCGUAGCACACGCUCUUCCAAAAAAAGAGCUGGGUUCUUCUGCAUCUAAAACGUUGGUGGAUUUCGAUGGAAAAGGCACACGGUCGAGCGGGUGCGACGGUGGGGAAGUUUCUUCUGUCGACACCCAAGUGCUGACGGAGGCGGAAAAUUCGGUAACGUCGCGUCCUGCUCUUCUUGAUGACCAUUUGCGAACAAGAGGCGACACUCCGGUUGCACAAAGUAGCACCACACGUGACGAGCCAUUUUUGGCACCCUCGUUCAGCGGUGUCAGCGAAUUCAAGUUCCACAACAAAGUUCCAAAGAAGCCUAGAAAGAAGAUUUCUGCCACCGUGGCCGGCUCGGGUACAGAACAGAAAUCGACGCUGCACCAGCAGGCAGGUGGUCUUCCAAAUUCUUCGUCGUCAUCGAGCCUGACCGUGGAGGACCACGACUGAAGGGGCCGGUGGUUGUUGCAAUGCGUCUGCGUUCCGUCCGACGCGCAAGAAGCCGCCUGUGGUGCCGCCGAUGUCCUCAUUUCGCUGAAUUUCCGGCACGACAACUGGGAGCGCCAAUUAUCACUCACGUUCUGCUCAUCUUUUCUCUCGUUCUGGGGUACGACCACGGCGAUUAAUACUAUGGUGGCUUGGAAGCCUCAGCUUAAACCUCUCAGCCGAGGUUGAUGCAGUGGAAGCACUACACGUGGAUUUCGGUGAAGACGAUCGUCCCCUCGUCUUUCGAGCGCACUCGGAGUGCGGUGCCCAAGCGAAAACUGCAGGCACAGUGAAACUAGGCUGCAGACGGUUUGUGUGCUGUGCUGCGGUCGCACGACCCAGCUUCUUGGUUGUGGACCGUCGCUGUAGAAGAUUCGCAAGCGCUAUGACAGAGUGGAGGAAAUGCACAAGACGCCGGAUUGCGGCUGGAGAGUGAAGAUAUUACGAAGAGGCGCGUCGCUGGUGCAUCACAAAAGAGGCUCGAGAGCCCCGUGUGCCGCCGAGGCAG